AUGACUUCCACCCUCGUCAUCCUCUGGGUGUUCACCUGGGUGGCGAUCGGCCUGAUCGCCCUUCGGCUGCUAAUGCGCAAGGUGAAGAAAGCGCCCUUUGUCCUUGGCGAUUACUUCUCCAUGGGGGCCAUCUUCUGCGCCCUCGUGCGCCUCGCUUUAGUGCAUGUUAUUCUCCUCUGGGGCACCAACAACAUGUCCGCCGCCUUCCGACAGACGCACCAUUUCACCCCGGAAGAGAUCCGUCACAGAGAGAUCGCCAGCAAGUUCAUCCUCGUAAAUCGAGUGUUCUACAAUUCCUAUCUCUGGUUGCAAAAGCUGGUGCUACUUGACACCUACCGCAGACUGCACACGCAUCUUCGCUGGGAGAAGCUCAUCAUGAUCGCCUAUAUCGGCAUCUUCGCCGCGACGUAUGUCACGGUCCAGAUCGUGACUUUUACCGAGUGCGAUCCAUUCAACCACUACUGGCAGGUGCUACCGGAUCCUGGUAUGCCUUCUCUCUUUAGUCUCGUGUCCAUUCACCCUAACAAACUCAGGCACAUGCUGCCAGGCACAGCUCCAACUAAUCGUCCUCGAAAACUCCAGCUAGCCGCCCUCUUCACCGUUGGCCUCUUCAUUGUCGCCAUCACCAUCGCUAGACUACCUCAAAACGCCGAAAAUCCCACCGUACAGGUGAACAGAACGACCUGGGCGUCAAUCGAGUUACUUGCCGCCGCCGUGGUUGCCAAUGCGCCCGUUCUGUACGGGCUUUUGAAGGGAAGGAGCCAAAGAUCCUACGCCUCCGGGGCCGGUUCAGCGGGGCCAUCGUGGCCGGGACAAAAGAGAUCCGCACAGGCAUCCGAGUUCGAGCUGCAAAGGGCCCGUCACAGUCAUCGGGGGUCGUCGGGUCUGGGCUCGAGGAUAUCCUCUAGGAAUUAUCUGGAGAUUGACGGCGAGAGCUGUCAGUCGUUGAAUCGAACUGUGGGAGAGUAUAAUACUCCAAUAUGA